AUGGACGGCGGCCUCGAGCGGCUCGUCCACAUUCUCCGCGCGUCGCCACGCCGGGUUCCCACACACAUUCGCGAUGCGAGCGUCUACAACGACCUGCAAGGGAACUGGAAAUGGAGCCUCGCCUUCCAGUGCGUGGUCAACAUUGGUGUCCGUGGCAGUGAGGCGAUCCGUACGCGGGUCGUCGAAGCUGGCAUGGCGCCCAUCAUUGUCCGCGUCCUGGAGUCCUUCUUGAUCGCGGCCGACUCGCAGAAAGAGGAGUUUGGCCGUCGGGCCAUGCAAGCCGAGCCGCAUGAGAUGCGUCGCUCCGUAUACCCCAGCACCGAGCAGGAACACGCGGAGAAUGUGCGCGAUCCGACGCCUGAUGCCGCGUCGAUUGCCGCGUCGACGACGCGCCCGGCAACCCCGAUGGAGAUGGAAGUCGUGCUCCCGUCCUCGGCUAGUGUCCACGAUACAGAGAUGGACUCGGCCCAUGCUGAGGGCAGCGCAUCGUCGUGCUGGACCGAUCGCAGCAUGAACGACACGGAGCGCACUCGCUCCCACGCCAACGAGUGCUUUGGCGAUGCAAGCGCCAGCGGCAGUGCCAGCGAGUGCGCCGAGGAUACCGAAAUGUAUACGGAGGGCGAAGAAGCUGAGAGCGGCAAGCGCGACGCGGUCGAUGCGACGCCGCGGCCCCGCGGCCACCGCCUCGACGAGCCGCGUGGGGCCGCACAAGAGACGUCGCCGAGCGCUGCGCCACUGCGCCACGAGCUGCUCGACGCCGCCCGUACGCCCCGCCCGACGCGCACCGUGAUGCCCGAUAUGCGCGCCGAGGCCCCGCGUGCGCCAAUGCCCAGCCAUGUGUACCGUGAAGAGGAGGUGCUAAUGAGUCUUCAGCUGCUCGCCUAUCUCUCGAAAUACCCCCACGUGCGUCUCUUUUUCCACAAUGCAGACGUGCGUGACGACAUGCUCUUCUGCCCCGAGUGGCCGGAAGAGACGAUGCCGAACCGCUCGUGGAGCCCGUCGGACCCGGUGAAGCGCAAUGUCUUUUCGGUGGCGGAGCGCUUCACGCUGCGCUCGUCGCGCAGCACCGGGAGCACGGGCGCCUUGAACGCAUUCUUCCCCCGCCUUGGCCACGAGAUCCAGUACUGGGCCGGGGUCGUGAUGCGCAACGCGUGCCGCAAGGACGAGUCGCGUGGCGGUAUCCGCCAGUGCGCCAACAUGCUCUGUGGCAAGUGGGAGUCGUACCCCCGCGAGUUUGCCAAGUGCCGCCGCUGCCGCAAGGCCAAGUACUGCUCGAAGCAGUGCCAGAGCAAGGGCUGGCAGAUGGGCCACCGCUUCUGGUGCAGCGCACGCGACGACGCGGAAGGCCGUGAUGUGAAGAAAAAGGAUGCGCCGCGUACGGCGUCCCACCCCGAGCCCGAGAUGGAGGUCGGCACCCCGAUGCACGCCCAGAGCCCCGCGCCGGAGCCUGUGCCGCAAGCCCCCCCUGUGCCUGCACAGCCUGCUGAGCAGCACCAGCACUAUAUGCGCCCGCUCGGCGCACGUGCGCUCCCGUCGACCAUGGUCCGCUCGACCUCGCAGCAGAUGCCGCAGAUGCGCGGCGUCAGCGCCGCGAGUGUCGAGACGAUCGACCCCGACAUGAGCGACAGCGCGCCGCCGACCGCACCGCCGUCGGACGCGCCGAGUCCCGCGCUGGCGCCGCGCACCGGGGGUCCGUUCAACGGGCACCCUCUGCCGCCCCCGAUCAUUGCGGGGUCGCUGAAUGUGCACGAGUCGGACCCUGCGGCGACGACGCUGCGCGAGCACGAAGUGCAGGACGUGCAGGACCACGGCGUGCUCGAGGUGAUUGCCGCCUCGUGGCCUGCGCAGGGCCGCCCUCCGGCUUCCCCGUCGUCGCACGAGCGGGGCGUGCCGGAAGACUACGACCUUGGCAUCCACCUCCCCAACAACCCCGUGCUCCUCCCUCCCUCUAGCCCCGGCAGUGACGAGGCGAACGGCGCGUACGGCGCCCGGCGCGUCAGUGCGCUCACGUCCUGGAACAUGUCACGCCAACUGAGUGUGCGCAACCGCCACCGUACGGCACGUGCCAUUUCGUCGAGCCUGCUGAGCAAUAGCAUCUCGGCGAGCGACUUGACGAUGGACGAUGCUCCGCAUGCAGCGGAAGCACCGCGUCUCUCGACGAACAACCUCCGCAACUACGACGCGUACAGCGCAUCGCAGGCGCCCGAAGCGGCGCUGGCGAUGCCUGCCAGUCAGCUCUUUUCGGGAAUGCUGACGCAGGCCCUGCGUACCGAUCCCGCGCUCGGCGAGGACGCCGAGAUGGAAAACGUCUCGGGGCCGUCGCGUGCGUGGUAG